AAGACUUCCUGGAUAGCAACAGAGAACAGAAAUUUGAGGCCAACUGCAACAUAUUAACAUAAAUGAAAGACACUGUCGGCCCGGACGUCAUAAGCUUGGAUCCACGACAACUUCAGGUGCGAAAAUGAACGCCGAGAAGGACUUUACUCCGCUCACCCCGAACAUCGUCAGGGCUCUGAAUGAUAAACUGUACGAGAAAAGGAAAGUCGCCGCAUUGGAAAUAGAGAAGCUCGUGCGGGAGUUUGUGGCGCAAAACAACUCAACUCAAAUUCGACAUGUGAUCCAGAUUUUGGCGUCGGAGUUUGCCCUCUCCCAGCACCCCCACAGUCGGAAGGGGGGUCUCAUCGGACUGGCAGCCUGCUCCAUCGCUCUGGGGAAGGACUCAGGUCUGUAUCUGAAGGAGCUCAUUGAGCCUGUACUCACGUGCUUCAAUGACUCAGACAGCCGCCUGCGCUACUACGCAUGUGAGGCCCUCUACAAUAUCGUUAAGGUGGCCCGGGGAGCCGUGCUGCCCCACUUCAACCUGCUUUUUGAUGGUCUCAGUAAGCUCGCUGCAGACCCAGACCCCAAUGUAAAGAGCGGAUCUGAACUGCUGGACAGACUGCUGAAAGACAUUGUUACAGAAAGCAACACGUUUGACUUGGUGGCAUUUGUUCCUUUGCUGCGGGAGAGAAUCUACUCAAAUAAUCAGUAUGCCAGGCAGUUUAUAAUCUCCUGGAUCCACGUCAUGGAGUCGGUGCCUGACAUUAAUCUGUUAGACUAUCUUCCAGAGAUCCUGGAUGGACUUUUCCAGAUCCUGGGAGAUAACAGCAAGGAAAUUCGUAGGACGUGUGAAGUCGUACUUGGAGAGUUUUUGAAGGAGAUUAAGAAGACCCCCUCCAAAGUAAAGUUUGCAGAAAUGGCCAACAUCCUGGUCAUCCACUGCCAAGUUGCAGAUGAAGCCAAGGUCACAAACGAUUUGAUCCAGCUGACCGCUAUGACGUGGAUGAGAGAGUUCAUUCAACUUGCUGGCAGAGUGGUGCUCCCUUACUCCUCUGGCAUCCUAACGGCAGUACUCCCUUGCCUUUCUUAUGAUGACCGAAAGAAAAAUACCAAAGAGGCAGCAAGUGCCUGUAAUAACAGUCUGAUGAAACUGGUGACCCCUGAGGAUGACGAUGACGAUGAAGAAGAGGGAAGUAAGAGCCUUGGUUCACCUUCCACAGGAGACGAGCAGCCCAAAGUGGAGGCAGAUAGCAAUGACAUGUUGAAUGCAUCGCAAGAAUCUACGGGCUUCAGUAACAUCAGUUUCUUCACUCCAGCAAGCACUGAGAGGCCCCAGGUAAACCUGGACCUGGAUGGAAUUGUUCAAGUGUUGAAUCGCCACCUCCAUGACUCCUCCACAGGCAUGAUGACGCGCAUAGCAGUGCUCAAGUGGCUUUACCACCUUUACAUCAAGACGCCACGCAAAAUGUUUCGUCACACAGACAGCCUUUUUCCCAUUCUGCUUAAAACACUUUCAGAUGAAUCGGAUGAAGUCAUACUGAAAGAUCUGGAAGUGUUGGCUGAAAUAGCGUCGUCUCCUGCUGGCCAAACAGACCAAGCCUUCUCCUGUGACAGCACUGUCAACAACCUGGUGCUCAAAGUGCCACAGGGUCCCAAGCCAGGACAGCAGCCUAGCACAAACCCCAAAGCUGUUGACUCUUCCCCCUCCACGCCCAGCAUGAACUCCUACUUUUACAAGUUCAUGAUUAAUUUGCUUAAACGUUUCAGUUUGGAAAGGAAGCUUCUGGAGGUCAGGGGGGCUUUCAUCAUCAGACAGCUCUGUCUGCUGCUCCAUGCAGAAAACAUCUUUCACUCUAUGGCAGACAUCUUGCUUAAAGAAGAGGACCUUAAAUUUGCUUCCACCAUGGUUCAGACUCUAAACACCAUCCUGCUCACUUCAGCUGAGCUCUUCGAGUUACGAAACCAGCUAAAAGACCUCCACACUCAAGAAAGCUGUACUUUGUUUUGCUGCCUGUACCGCUCAUGGUGUCACAACCCCGUGGCCACUGUGUCACUCUGUUUCCUCACACAAAACUACAGGCAUGCCUAUGAUCUUAUCCAGAAGUUUGGAAAUUUGGAGGUGACUGUGGACUUUCUGAUGGAAGUUGACAAAUUGGUUCAGCUCAUCGAAAGCCCAAUUUUUACCUACCUGCGCCUGGAGCUUCUAGAUGUGGAGAAUAACCCCUACCUAAUCAAGGCGUUGUACGGCCUGUUGAUGCUGCUGCCACAGAGUCAGGCCUUUCAGCUGCUGUCCCAUCGUUUGCGUUGUGUUCCCAACCCGGAGCUCAUGAGGACUGUAGAGGAGUCAAAGUAUAUGGACUCGAAGCGACAAGGAGCCAGCAAGCGUGGCUCUCACACCCAAGUGGAUUACAACGAGCUCCUUCAGCAUUUUGACCAUGUGCAGAGCAAACAUCUGGAGAUCAGACACCAGCGGUCUGGGCGGGCCUCUGAUCACCCAGACAGAAAGCUGAUGUAAAGUUCCCGUGCCACAGUGACCUCUGAUCAGUAGAUGUAGUUAAUAAAAAAAAAUAUUUAUGAUGGCAGAGAAGGAUACUUACACUAAUUCACAUGCAUGUUGACUAAUUGACGCUUUUUGAUGCCAAGAUGUAUUAAGUACAAUCCUAACGAAUAAUUGCCCGAGGUGUAAUUAUGACAGAACCGCUUGUGUUUUGGUACUCCUCCCUAUGUUGUGCAAAACUUAAAGGAUUUAACAGUAAAAGUCUGAUAAACUUCACACUAUUAGAACCCAGAAUAAUUUGUUGGACCAAUAUAUAAACAUCAGCUAAAACAUUUGCUUUUAAUUUCCAAUUUAAACUCAUGCUUUGUAUGAACAGCACUUCUUGUAAUCAUGUGUUCAGUGUUGCUGUAAUCUCAUGUGAGCCAGAACAGAAUCUUAGGUCUUUAAUCCUCAGAUGACUGAACUUUGGCAUUCAUUCUUCAUAGUCAUGUUGUUACACAGCUGAGCAUUUGUGCAACCUCCGUUUGCAGUGUCAUGUACAAUUUCUUGCAUUGUCUGUUUAUCAAAACCUUUUUUUUUUUUUACAAAUAUUUUUUUUGUGAUGUUUGUUGUUUUGCACUUCUGUCAUUCCCAUUUGACAAUAAAGUGGACUGUGGUUUUAAAAA